AUGUGUCAUCAAUAUUGUAUAGAUUUUAACCAGUUACAGAAUGAUUAUUUUUAUUCUGACAAACUUGAUUUUGCUAAAGCACAAAAUUUUAAGAAAAAAUAUCAUAAAGUAUUAUCUUUAAUAACAGAAUAUAAUUAUCUUAAAUUGAAAACAAUUAAUACUGAAGAAAAAUAUCAAGAAUUAAUAUUUAUUGCAGCUUCUUUAAAAAUGUCAUAUCAUCUAACAGAGACGAUUUCUGGUCAAUGUUCAUCAGGAAAAUCAAGUGUUGGUUAUGUUUUAGCAACAAAAUUAAAUUAUCAAUUUAUUGAAACUGAUUUAUUUUAUCAAUAUCUAGCGUCAAAAACAUCAA